AUGGUCCACCUCGUCCUCUCCGCGACACGGGGUAACGCAGGCGGCCGUUUCUUCCCCCACCAAGGCUACCUUGGCCUCACCCCCGUUCGUGUCGAAGGCAUCGUCCGCACAAAACUAGACUCCGACGGCAGGCCUAUAGCUGCGAAGUCGCUCUCCAUUUCUAUACGAUGCUACCAGACGCGUCUCACCCGCACUCGCCAAAUCCGCUCUACCCUGGUCGUAGAUCACUCCGACGUCGUAUGGGUCAAGCCACCUACCCAAGAUUUUGCCGACGUAGGCGAGCUGGAGUUCCCCUUCAAGCUCACUCUACCAAAGCGCAACCCAGGCUUCAGCACCGCGAACUUUCAAGAUUACCGCGUAUUCUGGAGGUUAGAAGCUAUACUCGAGCACGCGCCCAUCCCAGCCGUUGGAUCCCGCAUAGUGCGCUACUAUGACCUCGCCAUAAUCCGCUAUGACGCCCCCCAGUCAACACCUCCUCCCCCCAGGUACCCACUCCACUCACCGCUGCCGCACCAAACGACCAAGCCCCGAGCACCGGUCCUCCGCUACAACAUCGCAGUGCCCACUGCCCCAAUCGGCCCCUCCGACCUUGUGCGUACAACAGUCUCUCUGCAACCUGUCGACACGGGUGUCUCAAUACGAAGUGCGGCGAUAUCCAUUGAACGUCGCAUUGAGCUGCACACUACCCCCUCCGCCCCCGCACCCUUGGUAACGAGUGGUAUCAACCAUUCUAUUGCAGCUACCGCGUCCCCCAUCGCAACGUUGUCCCCAACAUCUCCGUCCUCCUCAUCACAUUCCUCUGACGACACCCCCACCCCCACCAACACUCGCUUCGGAGACUAUCUUGCAGGCCCGCAGUCACCGUACGACCCAAACUCCAGCCAAGCAACAUUCGCGUCAGUGGCGAGUACGUCAUCCACAGCGCCUUUGUUAUCGCCGCCCCACUCUGCCGGGACCACGUCCGCCAUCCCGAUCCCUCGCUCCUCCAAACCUUCCGCUUCCCCCACAUCUUCGAUAUCAGCAUCCCCAAGCGUCGCGUUGUCAGAACCUCCCGCGAAGACUCUUACGUCCACCAUUGUCACGGCUGACGCCAGCUCCUUCGACUUUGAUCCGUCGGGCCAGGCGGUCAAGAACGUUACUCUCCAAUGGCCUCAGAACCGCGGCCAUUUCCGGUGGGCGAUUGGCGAGACCAUGCACAGCCAGUUCGCGUCCGUGCGCUUUUUCCUACGCGUCAAGGUUGUCGUCACGGGCCCAGGAGGGUCUGACGCACUGGAUCUGGAACCGCAGGAGGUCACCGUCGUGUCCACAAACGCCUCUGAACGCCGGAUUGCCAUGGAGAAGUGGGCGGAGCAGAAGGAGCUCGCGCAGCGCAGCAAAUCAAAGAGCCCAUGGAGGAAGCGCGGCGAAGAAGACGGUGAGACGACUGGCGCCGCUGCGGACGCGCACGGCCUUCCCUCUCCUCCCCAGACACCGGCGCAGACAAGCUCGAGCAGCAGCGGCCACCGGAUGGCGGACGGGAAGCCUCGCAAGAAGAUGCCCCGAAGACCGCACACCUCCGCCGGCCCUCGAGACAAGUCUCAUUUCACGUUCACUCACUCCGCCGCAUCGGAGUCGGAACCACCCGAACUCACUUCCAGCACGGACUCGAGGUCCAGCGCGUCCAGUUCGCACGACAGGCCGUCUGGGUGGCGCGCACGGGAGUCGGGCUUGGGUGAGAGCAUGCUGGGUGCGGUUGAGAAGGUGAGGCGCAAGGCACGCGGGACGGAGGGGGAAGGGAAGCGGGGGAGGGAAUCCGGAGAUGGCGACGACGACCGGGCGAGGAAGGAUCGGCUCAAGACGACCGGGCUGGGUCUGCAGCUCGGCUUGGAGGUCGACGAGAUGCGCGCGUGGGAGGCGGAGCUCGCGCGCAUCGAAGUGCAGUCUCGGCGGAGCAGCAUCGGCAUGUUCGGCAUGUUCAGCGUGACCCGCAGACGCACUGGCGGCUAG